GCGCCGUUAUUCGCGCUGCCGGUUCCUACUGUCAGUAGCAAUGGUGCUUCACAGCAGAAGAGAGAGACGCACGGGUAUUUGGCUGAGCGGUGCGCGAAAGCGGGCAGGCGGUAGCCAAAAAUGAUUGGCAUGGAAAGCAGCGGGGCUGCGCUUCGGUUUCUGGGGGCUUGUGAAUAAUGCAGGAAUAUCAACAUUUGGUGAGACAGGGUGGCUGUCUAUGGAGAAAUAUGAAAAAUUUGCAGAUGUGAAUCUCCUUGGGAGCAUCAGAACAACACUAGCAUUUCUUCCUCUUCUAAGGAAAUACAAGGGACGCAUUGUUUUCAUGUCCAGCAUUAUUGCCUAUUUUACUCUGGGAAAUGGCAUUUAUUCUAUGACCAAGGCAGCUAUUGAAAAAUUUUGUGAUGCUCUAAGACUGGAAAUGAAGAAGUUUGGUGUCCUGGUCUGCAUUAUUCAGCCAGGAAAUUAUGCACGUUCUACAAAAAUUCAGCCACCAGUCAGUGCAGAAGAGAUUUGGAAUGAACUCAGCGAAGAGGAAAAGGAAGUUUACAAUAAAGAAUAUGUUCAAGAGCGGGCAAACUUUUUCAACAACAUUCUCAAGGAAGGGAGCACUAAUGGCAAUGAAGUUGUAGAUGCUAUGGUACAUGCUUUAACGUCUCCUGCACCCAAGGCACGAUAUAUGGUUGCAAAGCUAAAAGAAAAACUACUGGUGUUUGUAUGUGCUUUGUUCCCUACUGUUGUGAUGGAUUCCGUUUUAUCUUAUGCACUGAGUAAUGUAAAACUCGCAUAGCUGACAUUGGUACUGUUCAGUGACUCAGGCUGGGUCACUUUUUAAACUGUUAAAGUCAGGGCUUGACUUAAUGGCCCCCAAAAAAUCAGAAUGACACCAGUUAACUCACCCAGACUUUGGAGGGUAUCUUAGUCAGAACUGUGACUUUUUUGUAGUGAAACACAUCUAGGACCUCAUGUAAAACUAAUAAAUUUGUCUAGGUAACUGUAUUUCUCCCAAGUGGAAAAAAAAUAGGGCUGCUUUAGGUAUUGCAGCUUUUUCUACUGCAGUACCAAGUUACUGUGUUAGAGAUAUGAUAAAGACAAAAUGGAGCACAUCCUGUAGGGCAACUGCCCACCUGAAUUCAUUAGGGCAGAGAUAAAAUACCUUAUUUUUAGGAAUCUGAAUAGUAAUUUUUUAGGGAUGAAGGAAAGAGGUUAACAGAAAAGUUAGGAAUGAGCAAUACUCAUUGAAUACUUUCAAUGGAGUCAAACACCUGCAGAGUUAGGAAGUAUCAAAUGUUGCAGUGUUCUUACCAAUGGAAAUGGCUAACUACAUUUCAGUACUUUUUCAGAUGUUACACAUAAAUCUGUAACAAAGCCAAUGUGUUAUGGACUUCGAAAAAGAAGUAGCACGUUCCAUGUACAAAGGAAUAUUCAAUCCUAAAUCUAAUGUGUGGAUUAAUCAAUGCAUUAAUCUAAAAUGUAGUCAAAGAAACAAACACCAAGGUGACAGAUAAUCAGUGUCAUGCAGGAACAACGUGUAGCUUAAAAAGCAUAUUAGGAGCUCUGUUUUUCCUGAUAUUAUAGGGCUUAGGAUCCGAUGGGAAAAAAUAUCUAUUAGCACAAAUUGGAAAACUUUGGUAACAUAUGCCUAUGUGAGUAAUUGAGUGCACUGGCUUCAUUAGUAGUCUCUUAGUAACUGUUGCGGAAAAGAUUUCUGGUUUACACGUACACACAGUUUUAAAUUUGGCUUGGUUGUGGCAUAGCACAAAACCCAAGAACUCUGGGAGCAGGAGAUCCCAGAAUAGCUGGCAGUUCCACUGUGGAGACUCUUGUGGAUACCAGGCAGAAGCAUGAAUCACUAGCUUCCCUGUGCCAGGCCUCCUGUAUCAAAUCAAAGGCUCUGGUAUAAGUUGACCUAAUUAAUUUUUUGAUCUGAAUCAGAAGUUUUAUCCUAUCCUUGGGAAGUCUUUCCUAAUGUAUUUAACUACUGAGAUUUGUACAAUUUUCUUUUUUUUUUUAAUGAAGUGUUUCAGUUUUGAUGAUGCAGUACUUUCCAAUAAAAUCUAUG